AUGUCGAUCAAGACAGUCGCCGUCGUUGGUGCUUCAGGCCUCGUCGGCCUCCGCGUCGUAAAGUCCCUCCAGGACCACGGCUUCACCGUCACAGCCAUCUCGCGCACCUCCUCAACAGCAACUUUCCCCGCAGGCGUCGCCGUCCGCAAAGCCGACCUCUCCUCGGUCGAGUCGCUGACCGCCGCGCUCGCGGGCCAGGACGCCGUCGUCUCGGCCAUCUCGACCGUCGCGGCCGUCGUCAAGGGCGCGCAGGACCCGCUUGUCGACGCCGCCGUCGCGGCCGGCGUGAAGCGCUUCAUCCCGUCCGAGUACGGCCUCAACACGCGCAACCUCAAGGGCGAGAUCCUCGGCGACUGGCUGAUUGCCAAGACCGAGGCGGUGGACUACCUGAUUGAGAAGGCGAAGGCGCACGAGGGGCUCACGUGGACUGGGAUUGGCACGAGUCUGUUCUUUGACUGGAGCAUCACCCGCGGCAUCUACGGCAUCGACCUCGCGAACAAGAGCAUCGACAUCUUCGACUCGGGCAACCAGAAGGUGUCGACGACGUCGCUGGUCUUCCUGGCCGAGGGGAUCGCGGCCGUGCUGAAGCACCCCGAUGAGACGGCCAACCAGUACAUCAACAUCAUCGAGUUCGACGUCACGCAGAACCAGCUGCUCAAGCUGUUCGAGGAGGAGACCGGCGCCAAGUGGACGGUGAACCACAAGACCGCCGACGAGGUCAACGAGGAGGGCAAGAGAAAGCUGGCUGCCGGCGGACGGUUCCCGUUUGAGGAGUUCCUGAUCAAGUACCACUUCGCUGACGUGCCCGGCCACUCUAUCCCGGAAGAGGGCAAGGCGAAUAAGGUGCUGGAGCUGCCGCAGAGCGACCUGAGGGAAUUCGUGAAGGGAUACAUUAAGGAGAACAGCAAGUAA